AUGAAGCAGAGCUCAUGGAAAGGAGAAGAAGUGAAGCACGGUCAAAAGAGUGCAUUGACACAUUGCAACCAUUUGCAACCCCAUCCCCUCAACUCUCCCAGCUCACAGAGAGCUCCCAACGCAAAUCCCCGCAGGACGCAGAGGGCCUUCGAGGUGCAGCGCCUGGUGCGAUCCGGGCUGAGCCAGCAAGAGGCAUUUUGUGUCUCCCAAACUUUUUUUCUCGUUGCUUGCAAGUGCUUUCAAUGCUUUCCGCUUGAAAUAUUCGGCCUGAAGGCAGAGGAGAGAUUUGCGAAUGGUGAGCUUUUGCCACCCACUGCCGCCUCCAGGCCCCUGGCAAGGGCUGUGCUUGCGUCCUGCACGAAGCCGACAAUAGCAGAAGCGCUGCUCUUCAGCCUGUUGCGUUUGUUCUUUGGUUUGCUUCGAGGCACCCGGGACCUGCGCCUCCCCUCGCGGCCGCUGUCGCGCCCGCUCCGCCCCGCCUCGAGCGGACGCCCCUUGCUUGCAGCACUUGCAGCCUUAGUGGUCCCACCCAUCCCCCGCCCUUCGUUCCUUAGUCGUAAACGGAAUUGGAAAGUUUAG